ACGAGGAAGUGUUCUCCGGAAGUAAAUUCCUUUUGAUUUGAGUUCAAAAUGGCUGACUUUGAGCGGACAAUGUCCAAAAAAAAACUGUGAAAUGAGUGAUAACGAAAACGGAGAACCCACCUGGUUGGACACAACAUACUUGACGAAGAUUCUAAAGAAGUACACACAAAACCAAUUAGAUAAAAUUAUAUCAUUUACUAAAAUACCUGCGACUAAAAAAGGUGAAAACUAUGCAAGUUGUAUAUAUCUUAUAACGGCUUUGUAUACAACGGAACCGGAAUUGGCAGACAUAAAGGAAGUACAAUUUAUUGUAAAAUCACGUUUAGAAAGCGAAUUGUUCACACAAAUAGAAGAAGACUUUAACGUUUUCGUACGCGAAGCUCAAGUAUAUAAUGUAAUAAUGGAUUUAGCAGAAGAGCUGCUUCGAAGCGUCAAAGACGAAACAUGUUUUGGACCGAGAGCAAUUUAUGUGGAUGAACGCAUUAUAGUUCUGGAAAACCUUAAACUCCAAGGAUUUUUUAUAGAAAAUGUUAAGACUGGAUUGGAUUUUGAAUGUUGUCGUUUGAUACUGGAGAAAUUGGCCAAAUUCCACGCAGCCACCAUGGUUCUCUAUAAAAAGAAUUCAGAUACAUUCCGCCAUCAUUUACCCAGCAAUAUAUCCGAACAUCCUUCGCCUCUGCAUGACGUCUAUACAAAUACCAUUAAAAACUGCAUCGAAUACUGCCAAACCAAUCCAAAACUUAAACGCUACGUACCAAAAUUGCAAACUUUCGGUGAAAAAAUCAUUCCAAAGAUGAUAAAUGUUUUCAGUCGCAGUCAAACGGACCGUUAUCAUGUGUUGAACCAUGGUGAUGUUUGGGUGAAUAAUAUGAUGUUCCGCAAGGACCUUAGCGGAAAUGUUGUAGACGUAUUAUUCGUGGACUAUCAAGAAGGAUUUUAUGGUUCUCCAGGCAUCGAUUGGAAUUUUUUCAUUUUUACAUCGUGGCAAAAGGAAGUGUUCCAAAAUCAUUUUGAGGAGCUAUUGACCAUCUAUCAUACGGUGUUGUCUGCCUUAUUGCACAAAUUAGGACAUGACGAGCGUAUACCCACAAUCGAAGAUGUAAGAAAGGCUAUUAUCAGUAAAGGUUUCCAUGGUCUUACGUCGGCAACGUGCUUGUUACCAAUACUGAUUAAUGAACAUACAGAGUUGUCAGAUCCUAUAAAUUUCAUUUUGAAUACUGAUGAGGCGUUAGCUAAUCGACGAAAAAUCUUCGACAAUCCAAAAUAUGGCGAAAGAUUGAAAGUUUUCUUGGAAUUCUUCGAAACCAAUGGCAUUCUGUAAAAAAAAAAGUAUUAUGAAAGUGUUACGCGAUCUAUAUGUA